AUGUCAGACCACGACGACCUAGAGUUCAACAGCGAUGACGACGAUCUCGCCACCUUCACUUUCCAAGGUGCAGCCCGACAAGGCGAUCAGGACGAGCCUCGCCCAUUUGAUCUUGCGGAUGUGCCUGCCUCAGUCGAGGCAGAAGAUGCCUUGCCACAGAGCGACAUCUUCGAGUGUCUCUUCAUGAGCCAGGAUAAUUCGCGCCCUGCAGGCCGUACAUGGGAACAGACCAAGGUACAGCCCAUCAGCUUGUCCACCCUCGCAAGAACUUUCAAAAAGGGCGACAAAGCGACUGCAAUCAAUUUGCUCCAUCGUCGUUCUGUUCUUCGCCUCGACGACGACUUUUACUAUCCUAGCGACGACGAGAUGUUGGCUUGGGACGCCUCCCAGCAUUUUCUUGAUUUCUGCCUCGUCGUAGGAGGCUCUGUUGGUUUGCACGCCUUGCUUCCGAACAAGGUGGUCGACCACACCUUCUCCAUCGCCCUCAACCUUUGUCUUCCUACUCGUCUCUUUCGCCCCAAAUUUGGCAAGUUAGGUUUUGAUCCAACGGGCUGCAUGAUGGCUCUUGGAACCGGUCCUUCGUCUGAAUUAUGGCUGGCUUUUUGCCCUCGGGAGAACUUGGAAGACAUCGACAUUGCUAACGACGUCUCCCUUCUCAGCGAAAGACAGCACGGCGACACGAGGCUCUCAUCGUCUCACUUUCGCAUGGCCGUGAUGUUCCUCGCUUACGCUCUCUCAAAAAACCCGUCUCUAUCCAUCUACGUUAUGCAUCACUAUGGCACCGACGACGACCUCGCCGCAUGGAGGAUCAAGGACGUGUCGAACAUAUAG